AUGGAAUUGGCAAAUUCAAAUAAAGAAAUUGCCAGCUGUGUUAAAGCUGCUGUUCGUAUUCGUCCAUUAUCAAAUAAUGAAAAACAAGAUCUAUGUCAAACAUGUGUUGAUAUUCAACGAGCAACAAAUGAAAUUAUUUUAGCUAAUAGUACAGCUUUUACAUUCGAUCAUGUUUUUUUACCGGAAACAAAUCAAGAAGAUAUCUAUCGUGAAUGUGUGUAUGAUAUGAUUGAAGGAUGUUUUCAAGGUUAUAGUGCAUCAAUACUUGCCUAUGGUCAAACUGGCUCAGGAAAAACGUUUACUAUGGGUAGUGGAAUUGAAUAUAUGGAUCCUUCGAAAGAAGGUGUCUUACCUCGUGCCAUAAUACAUAUAUUUCAAAGAUGUGCUAGAUAUGAACAUGAAGCUGAAUCAAUAGGUAUUUCUAUGCCGAAAUGUAUUGUUUCAUGUCAAUUUAUUGAAAUUUAUAAUGAAAAUAUUUAUGAUUUAUUCAAUAAAGAAAAUACUGAUUUUCGUUCACAAAAAACCAUUGAUAAACAUGUCGUAUUUGAAAAUAGUAAUGGAGAGAUAGGAGUGACAAAUAUUACUACAAGAUUUGUGACAACGGCAGAUGAGACACUUGAUUGUCUAAGAGAAGGCGCACUUUGUCGAACAACAGCAUCAACACGUAUGAACAGUGUAUCCAGUCGAUCACACGCCAUAUUUACUGUAAAUUUACAAUUUGAACGUGUUAUUGCAUCGAUCUCGAAACCUGAUACAAAUAUUCGUGAACAAAUUCGUGCUAAAAUUCAUUUCGUUGAUUUAGCUGGUUCAGAAAGUUUAAAACGAACUGGUGCAACAGGUCAACGUGCUAAAGAAGGCAUUAGUAUUAAUAGUGGUUUGCUUGUUCUUGGAAAUGUUAUUUCAAUAUUAGGAGAUCCGAUGAAAAAAGGAGCACAUGUACCUUAUCGUGAUUCCAAAUUAACUCGUCUAUUACAAGACUCAUUGGGUGGUAAUAGUCGAACAUUAAUGAUAGCUUGUAUUUCACCAGUUGAUCGUGAUUUUUCAGAGACCAAAAGUACACUUAAUUAUGCUCAACGUGCACGUAAUAUUCGUAAUCGUGUUAAAGUCAAUCAAGACAAACAUAGUCGGCAGAUUGUACAAUUACAAAUGGAAAUUGAAAGAUUACGCGCAUUAGUUGAUAAAAAUGAACAUUUACCAUCGGUUGAAUUCGAACAAACUAGUAAUAAUGCACUAAAUCAAGAACUUGAACGUAUACGUUCAUACAUAUAUACAAUACAGCGUUCAAUCAAUGAAACAAGUGCAGUAUCGCAAACAUUAAAAUAUGAUCUAGAAACAGUUCGUGAUUGUCAACGAAUGAACGACACAAAAUUUGAUUUUGAUCAAGCAUUAAAUCAAUGUUUAUCAAAAAGUGAUGAAAUUCAAUCUCGAUUGUCACGCAUGAAUGAUGUCAGUAAUGUAUUACGUAAACGUAGUCCUAUAUCAAAUCGUCGUAAAAGUCGUUUAUCUACAAGAUCGUUUUCAAUUGAUCAAUCACAAUUACAUGAAUUCAAUCAAAACACAAUGACGCCAGAUGAAUUGCAACCAUGUAUUGAAGAUAUUCGCCUCGAAAUACACCGUUUACGACGACAAGAACAAUUACUGCGUGACAAUGGUUCGGUAAAAUCAAUUCCGGUUUGUCUUAGUACUAUUCCAGGUUCUCCUCAAGAACCACAUGAAAUUCAUAAAAAAAGAAAGAUCGAACAUCUUUAUUCUCUUUCAACUAAUCCUUCGGCUGAUCCGAUUAAUAACCGGUCAAGUAUGCCAACAAUUGAAGAACAAGAAAAUGUUACUAAUAGUGAAGAUGAUGAUGAUGAUGAUGAUGAACAAGUACCACCAGCUGUCGGUGAUGAUGCUCAAACUGAUACACAAGAAGAAAAAUUAUUGAUAAUAACAACCGAAAUCAAUGCAAAACAAAAAUGUCUUGAAAUGCUUGAAAAUGCACAUAAACGUAGUGAACAUACACGUCAACGAUAUGAAGAACGUAUCAAAGUUCUUUCCGAACGUAUCCAAAAUGCUGAAGAUGAGAAACUAGUAGCUGUAGCAAAACUAAAUACUGUUGGACGUGAUCAACAAAAUGUCGAAGAAUUAAAAUUAGCUAGACGUGAUUAUGAAGAAAAAAUUCGUCGAUUAGAAAUUGAAAAUAAUCAGCUAUCUACACUACGUGCACAAUAUUCUAUCUGUCUAAAAGAUGGAGAAUAUUAUAAAAAAGAAUCAACAAAACAUACUCAUGAAUUACAAGAUUUACGUAAAAUAAAAGUUCAACUAACACGUGAAUUACGUCAAGAAUUUACUCGACAUAAACAAGCUGAACAAGCAAAAGCAAAAGAAAUCGCUACACUUAAACGAACGCAAAUACAGAAAGACAAUGAGAUUCGAACACUGCGUGCUCAACAUAAACAAAAAGAGCUAGUUCUUAAACGAAAACAAGAAGAGGUACAUCUUUUACGACGUCAAAUGCGUUCAGGUCGAGUUCGUACAACAACAAAAGAGAUGACUGCACAUUACGCUGCUAUUCAACAAGGUAUUACACAUGCUAUUCGCCGUCGAAAAUUGAUAGCUGGUAUCAGUCGUGACAUGACUUCACUAAUUGAAAAUCGUGAACGUGUGAGUCGUAAACGUGAACGAUUCUGUAAACGAUUAAGUAAUGCAAUUGUUAUUAGUACAAGUCAUACACAACAAUCAGAAGAUUCAACGUGUACACCGUUACGUGAAUCAAUAACCAAAUUAGAAAGUACAAUAGCGUAUCUUAAUUCAGAAAUUUCAUCAUGCCAACAAGUAUUAAUGGUUUAUGAUGAUGAAGAACAAACAAAUGAAUUAGCUCAGGGACCUGAUCCACUAUUAAUUGUUGAUUGUGUGACAGAGAUUGAUGAACUUCGAUAUUUAUUAACAAAACUUAUUGAACAGACCAUUGAAAAAGGUUUUGAAGCUGAUGAAGCAAAUGAAUUAAUGUCGUAUGUUGAUCUAGUUGAAACAUUUCUUGUUAAAAAAGAAGAUAGUAAACCGACUGCAAAACAUUUUAAAAAAUCUAUUUCAAAUACUUAUCAAGAUGAUUCAUUGGAUAGAACACCUAUCGGAGAAGAAUUACCAGCAUCAACAACAAUCAUAAUUAGACCAUUAGGUGAUUCUUCAAAUUUAUCGAAUUAUUCAACCGAACAUAAGUAUUCUGACUGA